CAGGAGCUGCGCCAAGCUUUCGACAAGGAAAAGCCUCGCCUGCAGUUGUCAAUCGCCAUAUCCGGUUACCGUGAGAUAGUGGACAGGGCCUACGACAUGCGCGCUCUCUCUCAACACGCCGACUUCGUCAAUGUGAUGAGCUUCGACUAUCAUGGCGCCUGGGAGCAUGAGACGGGCCAUGUCGCUCCACUCUAUCCCACUGCUGGCGAAAUGUUCCCUGAUUACAAUGUGGAUUCGACAGUGAAACACCUGAUUGAGCUGGGAGCCGAUAGGUCGAAACUGGUGGUUGGAAUCCCCUUCUACGGCCAGUCAUUCACUCUGGCCGCACCUGAUAAGGGAAAUGGGCUUGGAGAGGAGACUGUCGACCCGGGAGAGAGCGGGGAGUUCACUAAACAACCCGGCAUGUUGGCUUAUUACGAGAUAUGCUAUAAAAUUUCGAAACAGAACUGGAAAGCGGAGACAUCGGACGUGGGUCCCUAUGCAUAUUCGGGGGACCAGUGGGUCAGCUACGACGAUCCCACCUCUAUUAAACAGAAGGCGAAAUACAUAUUAACCGAGAAGCUAGGCGGUGCCAUGGCGUGGACUAUAGACCUGGAUGACUUUCACAACCGCUGCUGUAAGGGCCACACCUUUCCGCUGCUGAGGGCCCUGAAUUCAGGGCUGGGCCGCAUUAAGGGCCCCGUAACCUCUACACAGGACUGCACCAAACCUACUCUGCCCUCCACACCUCCGCCCGUCUUAACCACCCUUACACCUGACAAUGGCCUAGUAAGCCCAGAAGCUACCUCAGAAAUGAGCUCCAGUUCUACCACUACAACCACACAAUCUUGGUGGACUGAGGAACCAUCGACCAGUAGUACCACCACAACAAAACCAACAACCAGUGAUACCACCACAACAAAGCCAAUUAGCACUAAACCAACAACUAGUAGUACCACCACCACCACCACCACAGAAGAAGAACCGGAAACCACAGAUGAAGAGGAACCGGAAGAGGAAACCACCACCAGUUCUACCACCACAACCACCACUAGAAGGCCAACCACAAAGAGGCCCAAACCUACUAGACCGAAGCCAACUAAGCCUAGGCCUAGUAGUACUACUAGUAAGCCUUCUAGUAAGCCUACUAGGCCCAGUAAGCCGAAACCCCCACCACUACCACCGCCCACACUGCCACCCAGCGAGGAAGUUGGAGCAACAGAGCUGCCUUCGUCUUGUACGAGUGGCGAAUACAGGGCAGACCCUAGUGACUGUAAUGCCUACUACAGAUGUAUUCUGGGCGAAUUCAGGAGGCAGAGAUGUGCCGGCAGUCUGCACUGGAACAGCAAACUGCAAGUGUGUGACUGGCCACAGCAGGCCAAGUGCCAAACUAAACCAGGUCAUAUAGAAAGCAGCACAUCCACGUCGACCACUGAACGACCCGACGAAUGGUGGACCCAAUCCUCGUCCACAUGGUGGUCACCUGAGUUGACUACACCACCGCACCAUACCACCACCACCACCAGCACCACCUCGACACCAUGGUGGACACCACAGAGCACCACUUGGUGGCCUACUAGUAGCAGCACCACCACCACCACUCACAAGCCAAGUAGCUCUACUAAGAGACCUGCCACCACUAAGAGGCCCAAGCCUAGCAGACCUAGUAGCAAGCCUACUCAUAGACCUACUAGGCCUAGCACCACUACAACGGAGGCCCCACCACCAAGUCCCCCCGAGGCAUGUACUGACGGCCAGUACUACCCAGUGAGGGAGGCGUGUGACCAAUACGAGGUGUGCGUCAACGGUCAGCUGUUGCGGCUAAGAUGUGCACCCGGCCUGCUAUUUAAUCACGUGAUUGGAGUUUGCGACUGGGCUCAUAACGUUCAGUGCCAUUCAUCACAAAGGAUGGAACUGGAAUGGAGUCGCAAAUCAGCUGGUUGCUCUAAAGGCCAGUUCACAGCGCAUCCGUCCAAUUGUAACCAGUACUUGCAAUGCCAGUGGGGAGCCUAUCAGAUAUACAGCUGUCCCCCUGGGCUGCAUUGGAAUGCGAAAAACAACAUCUGCGACUGGCCCUCUCGCUCCACGUGCCGUGUGACGUCACCCUCCAACCCACAGGGCGGCAGUAAACCCGACAAUAAACCACCCUCAGGUAGCAGUAAACCCGUUUCGCUGGCCACCACCAGCACAAACAGACCCGAAUGGGAAUGGAAACCGGACCCCACGAGCACCAGCAACCCCCAGUGGGAGUGGAAACCGGAAACCACCCCUAAACCCAAGCCAAUACCCAACAAACCCAGCAAGCCCAGCGGCAAGCAUCCACUGGCUAACGGUCCGUUCAAGGUAGUGUGUUACUUCACGAAUUGGGCUUGGUAUAGGACAGGCCCCGCCAAAUAUCUGCCUGAGGAUAUAGACACCAAUCUAUGUACUCAUGUCUUGUAUGGAUUUGCUGUACUGGACUUUGAAAAUCUCAUCAUAAAGGCACAUGACUCGUGGGCUGAUUUUGAUAAUAAGUUCUACGAGCGUGUGGUGGCCAUGAAAAAGAAGGGCGUCCAUGUUCUGUUGGCAAUUGGAGGCUGGAACGACUCCCAGGGGGACAAGUACUCGCGAUUAGUUAACAGUGCCGCCUCUAGACAGCGCUUCAUACAACAUGUCGUCCCUUUCCUCUUGAAAUACGACUUUGAUGGCUUAGAUCUGGAUUGGGAGUACCCCAAGUGCUGGCAGGUGAACUGUGACAAAGGCCCCGCAUCGGACAAGGAGAGCUUCGGACUUUUUGUGAAAGAACUGAAAACUGCUUUCAGAUCUCACGACCUCUUACUGUCAGCCGCCGUGUCUCCCAGCAAGGCUGUUAUCGACGAGGGUUACGAUGUGAAAACAAUGGCGAAAUAUCUGGAUUGGAUAUCGGUGAUGACAUAUGACUACCACGGGCAAUGGGAUAAGAAGACAGGUCAUCUGGCUCCCAUGUAUUACCAUCCUGAGGAUGAUUUCGACUAUUUCAAUGCGAACUACAGCAUCAACUACUGGCUGUCUGAGGGCGUGCCCAAGCACAAGCUGGUGAUGGGCAUGCCCCUGUACGGGCAGUCGUUCACACUCGCCAAACGAGAGCAGCAUGGGCUGAAUGCGCCCGCCCCGGGGCCAGGCCAGGCGGGCGAGUCGACCAGGGCUGCUGGCUUCCUAGCCUACUAUGAGAUUUGUUCCCGAAUCAAAAAUGGCGGCUGGACUGUGGUACAGGACGAGGAGCAAAGGAUGGGUCCUUAUGCCUACAACGGCGACCAGUGGAUAUCCUUCGACGAUAAGGACACCAUCAGGCGAAAGUCGGAAUGGAUUAGAGAAAUGGGCAUCGGAGGAGGAAUGAUAUGGGCUCUGGACUUGGACGAUUUCAGGAACACGUGUGGAGGGGGAAAGCAUCCUUUGCUCACCAUUAUUGCUAAGACUCUGGCUAAACCAGGACAAGGUUUGUAG